UUUAAAUCCGUUGAAUAUUAUAUAUACAGGUUAAUUCCAAUUGCUGAUAAUAAAAGGACGAUCUAGGAACCGUCAAAGUUGAGAAAUAGAUCAGAAUUCUUUGGAAAGAAUGGGUGUGUCAGAAAUUUACCUGUGACGAAUAUAGGACGCCUUGAUUUUAUGAAGUUACUAACAGUACGCGAAAUUGUACAACAUCAGAAUUCCUAGUGCCCAUAUGAUCGAUUCAAUUAAUACCAACGAUACCUGACAAAGCUUCCCAAGGCAUAUGAUUGCCUGUACACCAUCAAAAGACUAAAAUAAACUAUGGCCUGUUUAAUAUUUGGGGCUUACCUGUUUAUCUGUGUCUUCCUACCAGAGAAUGUAUUUGAUAGAUAUCUCUCAGGAGAUAGCUUUGUGCAAGCUAAUGACAGUGGACAAGCUACAGAUGUGCGUUUAGUAGGUGGGACUACAGAAUAUGCUGGCAGGGUGGAGCUGCUCUAUACAGGACAAUGGGGAACUAUAUGUUCAGAUGGCUGGGACAGGCAGGAUGCUGCUGUCAUAUGCCGCAUGAUGAAUUUUACGGGUGAAUUCAAGGAAGCCUACACUACUGACCUAGGCACAGGAACAGGUCCUAUAUGGUUGACUGAGGUUGACUGUGAUGGCAACGAACAAUCAAUCAACGAUUGCCGUCACACAGGUUGGGGUUCAACCACUUGCAAACGGGGUGUAGAUCGUGAUGCUGGUGUGGUAUGUAUCAUAGAAACAGAGACAACGACUCAGUCAUCUUCAACAGUGACAACCACACCUAAAACAACAACCACUACAACACCAGAGACUAUAUGUGACAACCCUAGUAGCACUGUUCGUCUGACAGGAGGCCGUAACUCAGCACAAGGGAUUGUAGAAGUCCUGUAUAACAGCACUUGGGGGUCUGUAUGUGAUGACAAGUUUGGACAAAAUAAUGCAGAUGUGGUUUGCAGAAGUCUGUGUUACAGUAUUGUACAUGCUAAAGCAGUCCUGGGAGAGUUUGGUAACAUAACAACAAAUGAUUACUGGAUGGAUGAAGUUGUGUGCAAUGGUAGCGAGGGAAACAUUGAGGAGUGUCCAUUUGCUGGCUGGGGGGUGCAUAACUGUGAUCCUACUGAGGCUGCUGGGGUGAGAUGUGAACCAGAGAGUACUCCAGAGUUGCCUGUUCCCGAGCCUGUUGUUCAAUGCACAAGCAACACAAUCGACAUUGCAUUUGCCCUCGCUGUUGAUGGACGUCUAAAAGAGGAACAUCUUUCAUUAAAAGAUGGCACACCUGCUGAUUGUGGGUUUAAAACAUCAUCAAACACAAGCUACGUCACAGCACAUAUUCCUAUGAAAAGCUGUGGAACAGAGAGAACUACCAAUUCAACUCACAUAAUCUACACGAAUGAACUCAUCCACAAUAUCGUUCCUGAAGGAAUCAUAAGGCGUGAUAACGAGUACACGAUCACGGUUCAUUGCAUUCACCCUCGGGACAGUGGCGCCAGUGGCGGUAUUAACCCAGAGACAAAGACUCUGCCUCCAGGCAUAGGCGAACACAACUUUGACGUUGAAAUGUACUUCUAUCGCAAUUUCACAUUCAAGGAACCAAUCACAGAGUUCCCAAUUAGAAUAUCCCUAGGUGAUUGGUUACAUGUUGGGGUGGUCUUGAAGGGGUCUGAUCCUACGUUGAAGUUGAUUGUACCUGAGUGUUUCGCCACCCCGCUAGAAGAUAAGACAUCAACACCACGCUAUGAUCUUAUCAGAGAUAAAUGUAAGGCUGACUCUACCGUAACAUAUUACCCAUUCAAUGAGACAGUAUUUGCCUUCCGAUUCCAAAGCUUCGCCUUUAAUGACUAUACUACAAUGUAUCUCCAUUGUGAUGCAUUUAUAUGUGAGUCUGAUGAGAAAAACGACCAGUGUGAUCGCACUUGUAGAGUACAAGGACGUAAGAGAAGAAGUGCCGAUAUGAGAGACAUUCUCCAUAUUGACAAAGGGCCAAUCAUAAUUGAGCACAUUCGACUGUUGCCAGAUAGCAGCACUGAAACAUCACCAGUGAUAAAGUCUGAAUCCACACAAAAUAGAUGGAACCUCUGUCUGCACAUCCUAGGGACAAUCAUCAUGUGUCUAUUAACUGUGUUACCAUGGCGAUGGACUUAAAACAGAGAAAGGAAUCCUCAUUAGCAAUGACACUUGGAGAAAUUACCAUAAUAUGUAUCCUACCCACAAUUUGUUACAUUCCAUGAUAGAGUAAGGUGCAUAAAAUUAAAAUUCCUAUAAAAAUUUAAACUUGGUAUAUUUCACCCCUUAGAAAUAUAUCCACCAUUGUAGAAACUUAUACAUUCCAUUGAAGGAGCUAGAACUCAAAAAGUGUGCCUUUAACAGUAUUUAGAUUUCAUGUACUAGGAAAUCUGGAUGACUUACCAUCAGUGCAACACAUUCCCUGCAUAACAUUUGAUUGUGUCUACUAUUGUAACAUAUUUGCUCAGCCAUUCUUUGACUAGCUCAUUAUGACAGACAUUGACUAGAAUAUUUGAAUAAAUUUGUUUUCAGGGAUAUGAAACAAGAGCAGUGGUAGCACCACAGCUUUCUUAGAAUUAUUUGUAUAUGUGUACAUAUAAUUGUACAUAGUCUAUAUUGUACAUAAACAUAAAGAAUUUCAAGUGCCAAAUUAACAUGUAGGAUAUUCAAUAGGAAAAAAUUUAUUUCAUUUAUUUUGAGAAUGCUCAUUAGAUGUUGAUCCUUAUGUAGUUAUGAAAGUGCAUCAGUAUACCGUAAUUGAAUUUUUUGUUGACUAUAAUGUAUGGUCAAAAAUAUUUUGACUUCAUAUAAUGAUAAGAUUGCUUGGAGAUUUUUAAAUAAUUUUCAAAUCCAAAUAUUGUUCUUGCCUCAUUAUUUAUUUAAGUCAUUGAGUAAUGAAAUGAUGAGCAGUUGGAUGAAUUUAUAUUGAAUGAGCAAGGUGUUGUUACACCCCUCUCCAUAAGUUUGGAAACGGAAAGUCCCCUUUGGGUAACAUGUCAAAGCUUGCUCAUGCUUGUUUGAUUGAAGUUUGCAAACUUUAUUCCUCAAUUAUGAGGUCAGAAAAUGAUGUAAUUUUGAAAAUUGCCAAAGCUAGACAGCUUUGACAUAUGGCUCAAAAGUGGACUUCCAGUUGCCAAACUUUAAAAGGGGGGUGUACGUGUAUAUCACAUUUUUAGUUAA